AUGGAACGGUUCAAUAAAAACGCACGGCAAGUAAGGGGAGUAGGCAAGAAAUUUACAAUUAGCACUCUGGCCACGACGUUGAGGCCUUCCCCUUUCGCGGAUAAUCUGUUUGUAGAACUCUCGAUAACCCUAGAUGAGUUACAAGAAAGAGCAGCAAGGUUCAUCAGAAUAAAGGAGAUGAGGGUUGUUCAAAGGGGACAACAUGAACAAAAUUCAACUUCAGAACAAGAGAAGAAAGAAGGGAAGAAACCAUUCGUACCUGGCGAGUGCCUAAAAGGCCAGAAAUACAGAGAUGGUCCAAAAGGGCCCAGAUUUGAAAAAUAUACCCCGUUGAACAUGCCAAGGGCUAGAGUCUUGGAAGAAGCCCUGAGUGCUGAUCUUAUUCGUUUAAGACCCUCUCGGUCGUCAACAAAGGCCGACGAGACUAAGCACUGUACCUAUCAUCUAAAUAUAGGACAUACCAGUGAAGACUGCACGGUGUUGAGAGAUAAGGUGGAGGAACUUAUUCAAGCAAGCCAUCUAAGGAAGUUUAUGAAGGAGGAACGGAGGACGAGAAGUCCAUCGAGGAGGACUAGGAUGGAACGAAAUGAUAGAAGAGAUGAUAGACGCCCGGAUCGCAGGCGAAGUAAAAGUCGUAGCCACGAUGGAUCACUGCGCGGCGCAAUAAACACUAUUUCUGGAGGUUUUGCUGGAGGGCCAUCGGCGUCAACAAGGAAGAGAAACCUGAGGGAGUUAAAGAAUGUUCAUCGAGUAGAUGUGAGGAAGCACUCAAUGCCGCCAAUCACAUUCACCGAUGAAGAUUUUCAUGCUCCUGAUCCUGAUCAAGAUAUUCCAAUGGUAAUAACAGCUAUUAUCGCUCGGUACAACGUGGGGAAGGUUUUGAUAGAUCAGGGAAGCUCUGUUAAUAUCCUUUACUGGAAGACAUUUCAACAGAUGGAUUUAUCAGAGGAUCUGAUAGCUCCAUAUAACGAGCAGAUAGUAGGAUUUUCUGGAGAAAGGGUGGAUACAAGAGGAUAUGUGGAUCUAAGAACCUGCCUGGGGACCGAGCGGAAUGAUAAAGAGUUAAAGACCAGGUUUUUGCUAGUAGAAGCAAACACAUCCUACAAUGUGUUGUUGGGCAGACCUUGCCUAAAUGCAUUUGGGGCGAUUGUUUCCAUGCCCCACCUCACACUUAAGUUUCCGUCGGAUAGGGGAACUAUUUGUACCGUCCGGACAAAUUAG